AUGGAUCCUCAACCUCCACAUGUACUCAUCUUCCCUCUCCCCUUACAAGGCCCCAUCAACUCCAUGCUGAAGCUCGCCGAGCUCCUCUGCCUCUCCGGCAGCCUCCACGUCACCUUUCUCACUCACUUGAUGGAUCCCCUUAGCCCGAAGGAAUAUCGGCUAAGAGGAAGGGCAUCAGAAGUGAUUUUCCAGCAAACUCCCAGCGACCAAGAAGUUAAAAUUGGUCUCCAGUUCAUGUUGUAUUGUGAUUAUACUCAGUCGGAUUUGUGUGUUGGAUUCAAAUUGAGGAAAAUGGAAAAUAUGAAGUCUUGGAAAAAGGGUUCUGAUUGUUGUUCGUGGGCUGGGGUCGAUUGUGACAACAAGACGGGUCAAGUAAUUGGACUCGAUCUCAGCUGCAGCUGGCUCAAAGGUACCAUCUGCCCUAAUAGCAGCCUCUUCCUCUCCUUUCCCUGCCUUCAAAACCUCAACCUCGCUCAUAAUGACUUUUUCAUGUCUCCCAUCUCACCUAAAUUCACUCAGUUCAACGAAUUGAAGCACCUCAAUCUCUCUGACACUAGUUUUUCGGGCAAAAUCCCCAUAGAAUUCUCCUUCCUAAAUAAACUGGUGUCACUUGAUCUCUCUGCAAAUGAUGAUUUGAGAUUGGAAGAAGGCGGAUUUGAGUUACUCAUUCAAAAUUUAUCCAAGCUAAGAGAUCUUGAUCUUGGGCAUGUAAAAAUGUCUUCUUCAGUGGUUCCGAAUUCCUUGCUCAAUUGUUUUUCUGAAGAAUUGCCCAACUCGAUUGCUAAUCUGAAGUCAUUGGAGGUAUUGUCACUCUCUACUUGCCAAUUUCAUGGGUCCCUUCCUACUUCUCUCUGGAACCUUACACAAAUCAGUGUUUUAGAGCUCCAAUCCAACAAUUUCAGCGGUCCCUUCUUUUCAUGGGAUGCAAACUUGACAGAACAUUUCAUCUUAGAUGUGUCAAAUAAUAGUCUCACUGGUCCUCUUCCUUCACAAGUAAUUGUACCUCCAAAGCUAUGCUUUUUGAGCAUCUGCCGAAACUUGAUCAACGGUACAAUCCCAUCUUGGGUCUUCAAAUUACCCGCAUUCAAGUACUUAGAUCUCAGCUAUAACUUACUGAUGGGUCAUACACUUGAGUUUCUAUCUGCAUCCUUAUGGAUUAUUGAUUUGAGCAAUAACAACCUACAUGGUACGGUUCCAAAUUCAACCUUUGAACUACGAAAGCUUACCCACCUGAUUCUUUCUUCAAAUAGCUUUUCUGGCACCAUUCCUGAAUCAAAUAGAUUCAACGAAAAUCUCAUUAUGCUCGAACUACAUAAUAAUAGCUUCUCUGGCACCAUUCAUGAUUCAUUUUCCAUGAGAAGUCGCUUGAAAACUGUCAAUCUUAAUGACAAUGGGUUUGAAGGCCCAAUACCAAAGUCUUUGGUUAAUUGUAAAAACCUUGAAGUGCUAGAUCUCGGAAGAAACAAAUCUAGGAAUCGGUCAAGCAAUAUGGCGAACAAUCAUUUCACUGGUCCAUUGCCCAUGAAGUACUUCAGAAGUUUCAAAGCAAUGAUGAAUGUGGAUUUGCAUUUUGAUGAUUUGUACAUGCAAAAUGAUGGUCUUGUAAAACCUUAUUAUUAUUCCGCGACUAUAGUAUUCAAAGGAAUGCCCCUGGAAUUCAAAAGAAUAGUAAAAACUUUCACCAUCAUUGAUUUAUCAAGAAACAGAUUCCAAGGGGAGAUUCCUGGAAUCAUUAGUGGGCUAAAUUCGAUUCAAGGACUCAAGUUAUCAUACAACAGCCUUACAGGUCAUAUACCAAAGUCGCAUGGUGAUUUGACGAUGCUUGAAUGUCUAGACCUCUCGUCAAACAAGCUCACUAGGGAGAUUCCUCAACAUCUAGUGAACUUGGAAGGAUAUAUACCUAGCGGCAGGCAAUUCGUUGUAUUUGAAAAUAAUUCUUACAUCAAUAACUUGGCAUUAUGCGGACCUCCAUUGUCAAAUUCAUGCAGUGAUUCUGGCCCACCAGAACCACCGCCGUCGUUGUUCCAACAAGAAGAGGAUUCUCAAUUUGCAAGCGGACUCGAUUGGGAAGUUUGUUGGGGUGCUUGGUUAUAUUUUGAAGUAAAUUGGACAAGAGAGUGGGAAAGGAUGAGUGAGAGAUGUUAUAAGGAGGAGUUGUGA